AAUCAUUAAUUCAAACCAUUCACAUUCUUCCAAAAUCAUCAAACCCCUCAAAAGGCUUCAAUUGGCAACUGGAGGAUGAAACAAGCAACCAUUUUCUCCUUAUCAGUGUUCUUACUCUUUUGGUCUACCGCCUUGAGCAUUUCACCAGCACCUGCAGCAGCUCCAAAAGCCCCAGCAGCAAAAACUCCCCAUACCCCAAAGGCUGUAGCACCAUCACCAAAACCAUUAGUCCCCACAUUACCUCAGUCUCCAGACUCUCCUGACUCUGUCCCUGAUGACAUCACCAGAAUCCUCAAAAAGGCCAAAAUGUUCUCAACCCUCAUUCGCCUCCUCAAAACCACAGAAAUCAUCAACAACGUCAACUCACAGCUCAUAACAGCCAAGACUGGGGGCAUAACCAUUCUAGCACCAGACGAUUCUGCCUUUUCAAACCUCAAAGCUGGCUUCCUCAACUCCCUCAACAAAGGCCAGAAAAUCGAACUUGUCCAGUUCCACAUAUUGCCACAGUUUGUCUCAAGCUCAAACUUUGAUUCUCUAAGCAACCCUGUGCAAACAGUGGCAGGUAAAGACCCUAUAAGGCUUCCACUAAACGUGAAUGCAUUAGGUAACAGUGUCAACAUUUCAACUGGGGUUGUCAAUGCCACCAUUCUUGGGGUAGUAUACUCUGAUAACAAACUUGGGAUUUAUCACGUUGACAAGGUGCUUCUUCCUCUGGAUUUCUUUGCCACCAGUAAGGCUCCAGCUUUGGCUCCUUCAUCUCUUGCAAAGGCUCCCAAAGCUGCCAAGGAAAAUUCUUCUGAGGAUGAUCAAGGCGAAACAAAGCAGGAUCAGAAUAAAUCUGGGGCAGUGAGUUUGGUUGGCCUUGGUGGAACAAAGUUUAUGUCACUUGGCAUAGCUUUGAUGGCAGUGGCAACCAUGUGGUAUUGAUGAUCCAUGUCGCAGCUGCACUUCCAGUUUUCUAUGUCAAAUAUGCUGUUAAUUUAUUUCUCUUUGCUUUUUUUGUUUAAAUUUUGCUCUGUUCCUGGUAUCUGGUGUGUUGAGGUUACAGAAAGGGCGAAAAUCUUUCAAUGGUUCACGAUUCAUUUGUUAAACCGUAAUUGUUCCAACAUGUUUAUAUUCUAAAUUCUUUUUGUUAAGAA